CAGAAAGACACCUCUGAGCCGCUUGCAUCUCAUGUCCCGCACCGGCCAUGGCUAUGCUGGAACGACCAAUGGUGUUACGACGGAUGCCGGGUUGGGGAAGAAGUUCUCUGAGGCCAUUUCUGCGAAUGCUCGCGAAAAGCAGCCGCCUUCCCAAGCUUUGGUAGAGGAUGGCCGGAGAUUGCUCGAAGCUUUAAUGGAGGCCUACAUGGACGCAGAGUUCCAACGUGAAGUCUGCCGCUUGCGAGAGGAGAUCCACGAUGAGCUCCGCUUCCUCACGACAUUGGGCCCUCUGGCAGCGAGAGCGCAGGAACCAGUCUUCCAAUGCUUUGGCCUUCCGCCUGGGCAACGUGGGGUGAUAUUGAUGAAGAUGGGUGUGCGUUUGCUUUCCACCGUGUCGCCGGACAUCAAGGAAUUGGCUGGCGACCUGAGAGAGUUGCUGUGCUUGCCGCGUGAGGAGGAGGACAUCACCAGCACCAUUAAGAAGGCGGAAUCCGAGUUCCAAGAUCUGCAGCAGAAGAUCGCUGCUGCGCCUCUAGAGCUCCGAGGGCCCUUAGCGGAAGCCUUUCUCUUGCCCUACAAUGCCAGCCCAGUGGAGAUCGCCCAGGCAGUGCCUCGUUUGCCCAAGCGUGCCAAAGAGAUUGCAGAUCACCACAUGGCGAGAGGUCGUCAGGACAUCAUCGGAGAAGGGAAGCUCUUGGGAUCUGACAUGGCACAUGCCAGCGACGAAACUUUGCAGGCCAAAGUGCAAGACAUGUUUGAGCGCUAUUUGCAGAAGAUGCUGAGUCGCGUGAUCACCCCCCUCGACUCCUACACACGGGCUCCUGAAGAUUUUGCGUGCUCAUGGGCGCGAGAUUUGGUGUCAAAGCAGACCAUCCAAGACCUAUGGGGAAGCCAGACCUGUCAGACAGCCACUCUUCCCGUCCGGGAUGUUGUGGAAGAUUUGUCUUCCCAGCUGGGCUUCAGCCACGGGGUGGCCAUUCUCAACGACACCGUCAGUGUCAAGGUGACUCGCCAAGCCCGCGAGGAAUUGGCGGCACUGGAGACUGCUGGCGCAGUGACCCCCUCACAGGAUCCGUGUAAUGUUGGAGCGCGUUCAGUUUGGCUGCACUUCGAAACUGCGGAGGAGCGGGAGAAAUCUCCGCCAGCCCUGCGAGAGCUAUGCGAGCAUUUGCUAGGACUCCCUCAUGCCCUACUUGCUGCAGCUGAAUCCAAUUCUGUAGUGGCUUCACGCUUGCGUGUUCACCCGCACAUCAUGGCAGCAACUUACCGCCGUGGCGCAGAAUAUCAUUGCCACAAAGAUAGCUACAGCGGUACCGACAACUCAAGAAUGGUCACCAUUUUGCUGUACCUCAACGACUGGCAGCCUGGGGAUGGUGGCGAGCUACGACUCUUUGGCACUAAGCAGGUGGAUGCUGACGUAGGAACUGGUCCAGGACUCCGGGAUGCAGCAUCAGCUCCAGACUUGGAGCGCUUUGUGGACGUGGCGCCCUUGAGCGGCCGGGUCGUGAUGUUUCGGUCAAGGGAGAUCUGGCAUGCUGUCCGCGAGCCACGGGAGCAGCGCUGGGCCAUGACCUUGUGGGUGAUGGCAGACUAA